UAAUACUGCCCCUCGCCUCGAGAGGUACUUACACGGACUAGUUGGACUCGCAAAGUCAACAUGAGUGCGGAAGUUCCGAGGUUGGAGAAAGACCGUCGACCACUUGUUGGUGUGGGGUAAGGCCGGGGUACGGCGCGCGCAUGAUGACGAGCUACGGCCGGACGGUCCAUCACAAAAUGCGCCUGGCGCCGAGGCUCGCGUCACAUGCUAUCGUACAAGAGGACCCCAAAUUGUCCACUCUUCGCCCUUGAUCAUUUCCUCCACGACACAUCCAAGUCAAUUGUACCAUACCCAGUCCUUCUAAAUUGAUUAUCGCCAGUUCACAAUCGCCAGAAUGUCCCUCAAGAAUGACAAGUUCCCUGCUUCGGCCGCGUUCGACACCAUCAACGAGGCCCUGAACGCUACCGACGCCGACCGCAAGGACGCCAUCAAGCAGGGCAAUGGCAUCUACGCUUUCACACUGAAGAACAAGUCCGGCGAGACGGAGAGCUGGCACAUCGACCUGAAGGAGACAGGCAAGGUCGGUAACGGCCUUGGCACCAAGCCCAAUGUCACACUGGCUCUCGCCGAGGAUGAUUUCGCCAACCUUGUCGCCGGCAAGGCCAAUGCCCAGCGUCUGUUCAUGUCGGGCAAGCUGAAGAUCAAGGGCGACGUGAUGAAGGCCACCAAGCUGGAGCCCAUCUUCAAGAAGGCCCAGGGCAAGGCGAAGUUGUAGAGGAGUGGAUUGGAUGCAGUCCAGCAGAAUGUCACAUCAACCCCGUGCCCUUAUUCCGAACCACAACCAAGAGUAUCAAAUAAGUUCGGUCGCUCGCUUCAGAGUCUCAACAGCCUCUUCUCGUACCUCCCGGACAAUCUCGGCAGCUGGCUGUGCCUUUUCGACUAGUCCUACACCAGUACCACUGGACACGUCAGCUUCAGACCCAGUCGCGUAUGCGCCUCUGUACUUACGCCCAUGUGCUGAGGACCUUUUUUGCCUCAUCUUCUGUGUACUCUGUGUGUAGCGCCUCCUGGCAUUCUUCAAGCGAGGAGCCGCUCAUGAACC